AUGACGAACAAUGAGAUGAGCGAGCAGGGACAGAAAUAUGUCAGUAUCAACUUUGGCGUUUUCGCAGAGCCCGCCAAAGAUGAUAAAAUAGUUUUCAAAGGAAAGUCAUCAGAAUUGUGUAGUUUCCGGUUUCAAAUGACUGAAACUCCACCAAAAUGCAUUAUUCCUUUGACAAACAUCACUGCAGCAGUAGGAACUCCAGUGGUCCUCCAGUGUUUAGUGAAUGGUAAGCCUCAUCCCACCGCUGAAUGGUACAAAGAUGGCGAUCCAGUGAAAGACACUCGGUACAUGAUCCAAGAGAAAGCAUCUGGACAUUUUAAUUUGAUCAUCACAAAUGUCACCCAAAAGGAUGCCGGAGAGUACAAGUGUCUUAUCCAAAACAAAUCUGGAUAUACUGAAACAACUGGUACUACUUACCUGGAGGUGAGAAAGAGAGCUUCAACUACAGCUGAGCAAUGGGUUGAAACAUUUUUCAAAGCCACUGGCCAACCACCUAAUUUCACUAGCCAAAUCAAACCUAUAAAAUUCCAAGAGGGAGGUGAGGCUUACUUUAAGUAUAAAGUAACCGGUGAACCAAUUCCAGAUGUGCAGUGGUUUAAAAGUGCUCAUCAAAUUCAGUGUGGUAAGUCUUGCAUUAUAGUGAACAACCCAGAUGGCUCUGGCUUCAUCAGCAUGAAGGGCAUCCAACAGCAGGACAGUGGUCUCUACACAUGUAAGGCUUCCAACCCAUCUGGGGAGGCCUCUUGUAGUGCUGAUCUAAUUGUGUUUAAAGAGUCUGUCUCUGUAUCUCAGCAUAAGGAACACAUGGUUGUUCAAAAAGGUUAUAAAGUAUCCAUGUCAGCUGAACAAGCUACAGAGUCCCACUUGUACGAGGUCAAACUUCCUGGAGAGGCCAGGGCCAGCAUUCAGGCAGGACAUCAGAUGGUGUACACCAUUGGCACAGAGGACAGCCACGUUGUAAAAACCCUUAGAGAGUUGGAUAACUCAGCGGCUACGUUCCAAAAAGAGAAGGUCACCCAUCAGGCUGCAGUUCUGCAGUCACAUGAGGUACAAGAGAGAGUGUCUGUGCGUGUCACCCUUCCACUUCAAGUUUCAGUAGUUCCUAGGAAACAGCUCCGUACAACUGCCUUUCAUACAUCUGCUGUUCAGGAGAACCCAAAGCUCACAAACCAGCACUGUGACCGUAUCCAAAGCCCAGAAGUCAUAGAGCUUCUAUCUUCAAAAGAGAAGCAUUCAAAAUUAAUGUCUGCCUCUUCUGAGGAGAUAACCACCUUGGCGAGUGUAAGCACGGAGAUAUCAGGUGACAGGAAUGCAGAUAAAGUAAAGCCAACCUCCGAGCCAAAACAUCUUGUCAGUAGUCAUCAAGUUGAAUCCCAACUGUCAAUUUUAAAAGAACGAUCACAAGAAAUUCUCAAGCCAAAGGAGGAGAAAAGUAAUAAAGUCAAAGAAGGCGUUAAGAUAUUGUAUUCCGCUAUGUCAACUGAAAAACAGAUGAUUCCUGAGGGACAUACAACAGAUGUGCCCUCUGCUGAUUCUGCUCUUCAAUCUUCAGUGACAAAAGGAUUGUUCAAACCAAUUCUCGCCUUGGUUUCGGAGACUAAACAAGCAUUAUCAAAAGAGACUAAAUUCACCAUGCAGAGACCGGAUGCAGAGAAGGCUCUCCUUCGUAAGGAUUACAUUAUGAAAUCUGCGCUGAUAGCUGAGGAGAAGCAGAUGUUACAAGCGGACCACACAGAACAAGUGCAGAGUUUAGAAAGUGCUAUCUCAGUAUAUCAUUUGGAGAUAAUCAGAGAUCAGGAUAUCCUACCAUCCGAGGAACCCUUUACUUGGGAGAAACCAGCUGUAGAACAAGCAGGUGCCAGGAAAAGCCCUACUCUUUUACAAACAGUAACCCACAAUGAACGGAGAUCUGUAACUUGCGAAGAUACCACUGAGUUUGAGGCCAAGAGAGACACAAUGACCAUUCAGCCCCAAAAACAAACCCCUACCCCAUUACAUCUUCAAUCAGUUCAUCCAGAAGGUGCCUUAACCAAAGAGGGAAUUAUUACCAUUGAAAAUCCAGACCAACAGACAGCAACACAGAAGCAGGAGAAAGAUAGAAAACAUGCAGCAACCUCAGAGGAAAGAAGGGAGCUUAGCGCAGAUUAUUCCAAAGAUCUUGAUGUGUCCGUGACAGGAGUUCAGUCAGAGCUUAGAACAGAACCCAGACCACAGAACAUUCUUCAGGUCACUUCACAGCCCAUGCAGCUACCCAAAGAAACACCAUUUACUAGUGAUGUCAAACAGCACCGUGCAUUAAUCCAAAAAGAAGAUUGUUGGAACAUCAUACAUCAUACAAGUUUGGCAGAUAGUCAAGCAUUAGAGGAAGGACAUACUGUGAGUUUAACAGCUGUUGACAAAUGUACAUGCAAAACCAAAAUAGAGCCUACAGUACCUAUUGAGCCCAUACAAAUAGUGAAGAAUGAGAUCGCAACUGAGAGUAGUGCACUUCUGGAAGCUACAGAUCAAGAUUUUGCCAUCCUUAGACAGGAUGGCAAAAGUCAGUCAAUAACGAUGGAUGAAAAGUGUAUGUUGAUCGGUGAAAUGUCCCAACAAAUAACCAAAUCAGAGUCGACAACAGUGAGUGUUAAAACUCAGCCCAAAAUGACUGUUUUCAUCUCAGAGUCUGGAGAAAGUCAAAUUCUUCCAAAGGAGCUCACAUGUGUUAUUCGGUUUCAAAAACCAACGAGUUUGGACAUCAGACAUCAGUUGAAAGAUGCACUUCAGUCUGCUGUAGCUCUUGAUCAGCCACUUAUACUAGCAGAUGUUGUUGGAAGUUUGGAGGCUAAUAAGGUACAGGAAGUGAAGGUACGCAAGGAACCGAAACAUGCAAUGUUCACUUAUCUUAUCACAACAUCAGGUGCCCCUAUGGAAAUAACAAUUGUUUUUGAAGGUCAAUACCCCCAGACUGCAGAUCUAAGGACUGAACUCCAGGCAGCUUUCUACUCAAUUGUCUAUCGCGAGCAGCAUGUUCUUACAUCUGACCAACCCGGCACAAUGCAAAUCAACAAGCCCCAAAGACUACAGGUUAGCAGUGCAGCUUCCAAAGAAAUGCUGUCAUCGGUAGUGGAGACUGUCAAAGUAGCAGAGAGUGUAGUUGAUUUUUCAUCACCUAAAGCUCAGGCUGCUGCACGAAAGGAACGUAGUGUGGUGCAAGAGUCCAAGAAAGUUACUACAGAAUUACAUGCUGAGUUUGAACAGUCAGUACAGGUGGCCAGACUGGUGGAUAGAAUGACUGACUACGUAGGUAUGACUGAUAUCACCACUGACAUGCCCAUGACAUCCAUUCCAACUGAACAGUCUUUAGAUGUACUCAUUCAAAAAGAACACAGGAAGGAAUUUAUUUCAGAAGAGGUCAGAAAAUAUGAUCCUCCAGAAAAGUUAAAAGAUUAUCCAGAUAUUGACACUUUUCUGGAGGACAUUGCCACAGAGGAGCAUUGUAAGGUUACAUACGCUGUGACAGUAAAGUAUGUUACAAAAGUUGAUUGGAUUUUCAAUGGACAAAUAAUUAAAUCAGGCAAAGAGUUCAAGUGUUCAAAAGAACAUGACACAUACACACUUACAAUCAUGAAAAUUGUCAAGGAGAAGCACGAAGUAGAGUAUUUAUUUGAGGCUGUGAAUGAAGCUGGAAAGACCACAACAUCAUCAAGACUCACAAUUGAUUCCAAAGUGCCACCUGUUUUCAGGUACAAAAUCAUUCCCCUGGAGAUCAAUGUUGGCAGCGGAGCCAAGUUCGAAUGUGAAAUUGAAGAUGCACCAAAUGUGAACUUCAAAUGGUUCAAGUCUGGCACUUCGAUCAAAGAGA